AAAAACCAUAAGGGACAUCUAAGGAAAACAACCUGAUCCCUUUUAAGGACACACCGAAGCCAGAGAACUCAAGUUAAUCAUAGCAAGAUACAACCAGUCUUAGAGCUGAGUACUGUGACAUUAGCAUUGCUUCCCUGGGUUUUUGAAACAUGCAUCUGUAUAAACCUGCCUGUGCAGACAUCCCCAGCCCAAAGCUGAGUCUGCCCAAAUCCAGCGACUCUGCUCUGAAAUGUAGACGGCACAUAGCAGUGACCAAGCCGCCUCGGGCAGCCUGCUGGCCUGUCAGGCCCAGUGGAGCAGCGGAACAGAAACACCUGGAAAAGUUUUUACGUGUCCAUGGAGUUUCGUUGCAGGAAACCACCAGGGCAGAGACGGGCAUGGCUUACAGGAAUCUUGGAAAAUCAGGACUCAGAGUUUCUUGCUUGGGUCUUGGAACAUGGGUGACAUUUGGAGGUCAAAUUUCUGACGAGGUUGCUGAGCGGCUGAUGACGAUCGCCUACGAAAGCGGAGUUAACCUCUUCGACACUGCCGAGGUCUAUGCCGCUGGGAAGGCAGAAGUCAUUCUGGGGAGCAUCAUCAAGAAGAAAGGCUGGAGGAGGUCCAGCCUGGUCAUAACAACCAAACUCUACUGGGGUGGAAAAGCUGAAACGGAAAGAGGGUUGUCAAGAAAACAUAUUAUCGAAGGGUUGAAAGGCUCCCUCCAGAGGCUGCAGCUCGAGUAUGUGGAUGUAGUCUUUGCAAAUCGACCAGACAGCAACACCCCCAUGGAAGAAAUCGUUCGAGCCAUGACACACGUGAUAAACCAAGGAAUGGCGAUGUACUGGGGAACCUCACGCUGGAGCGCUAUGGAGAUCAUGGAAGCCUAUUCUGUAGCAAGACAGUUCAAUAUGAUCCCUCCAGUCUGUGAACAAGCUGAGUACCAUCUUUUCCAGAGAGAAAAAGUGGAGGUUCAGCUACCAGAGCUCUACCAUAAAAUAGGAGUCGGAGCAAUGACCUGGUCCCCCCUUGCCUGUGGAAUCAUCUCAGGAAAAUAUGGAAACGGGGUGCCUGAAAGCUCCAGGGCUUCUCUGAAGUGCUACCAGUGGUUGAAGGAAAGAAUUGUGAGUGAAGAAGGGAGGAAACAGCAGAACAAACUGAAAGACCUCUCCCCCAUUGCCGAGCGCCUGGGCUGCACCCUCCCUCAGCUUGCUGUUGCAUGGUGCCUGAGAAACGAGGGUGUGAGUUCUGUGCUCCUGGGAUCAUCCACUCCUGAACAACUCAUUGAGAACCUUGGUGCCAUUCAGGUUCUACCAAAGAUGACAUCACACGUGGUAAAUGAGAUUGAUAAUAUAUUACGCAACAAGCCCUACAGCAAAAAGGACUACCGAUCCUAAGGCACUGCAUGAGCCACGAGAGCUGCAUGGGUAAAACAUCGGUCUAGGCUGGUGCAGGAAGGUGUUACCAGCCAGUCUUUUAAAUCACUUAGCAACCGCUGCUCAACCUCUAGGGUCCCCGGAUUCUGAGGUGUCUGCUGUCGCUACCACUGUGCGCCUGAAUUAUGAGCACAUCUGAAAACUCACAACUAGGAAAAUCCAUUCUAUUUUCUUAUCUGGGACUGGAGUGACACAUUCUUGCAUUGCUUUGUACAUCUCAUGCUGAUGCAAUGGAAAGUAAGUGGCAGGAAAAGACGUAUUACCUUCAGGCAUUUAGUAACUUAAAGAAGGCUGUACAGAUCUAUUUUUUCAAAUGAACAAAACCCACAGAUGCCAUGUGGACUGCAUCAGAAAGAGUAGGCUAUGUUCACUCAGAAGCCCUGCUUGGGAAAAUAAGCAAGAACAAUUUUACAUUUGUUUUCCUAUUUUCACACUCCUGUUGUUAGCAAGCUGUUUCAUUUAUCAUUUUCAACAAAACUUAAUUUCUAGGUGUUUGCUUUCAUGCCUUUUAAAUAUUCAAUUGCUUGGCCCCAAGAAUGACCCUGUGUAGCAAUUUAUCCAAGGUGUCUAUUAAAAUUCUAAUAAUGCUAUGUUCAUUUACAUGUAGAGAUGAUAAAAGGAGGAACAUCCCAGUCAUUAACUAGAGACAUUAUGGUAAAUUUAUGAAAGGCAGGAUUACACUACGAUGGAAGUUUAGUUUUGAAUAAAAUAUAAUGCAGCUGCAAUAAAGUGUUCACUUUUUACUAUAUUUUAUGAAAACCUGCUUUAUUUUUUUGACUGCUUGUAGGCACAACUUCUGCAAGUUUAAAUAUUUGAACUUUAAAAAUAUACACACGCUCGAUUUUUUUUUUUAAGUAAACCUGUAAAACACACAGAAAGGCAAA